AUGUUGGGAAAUUUGGGUGUAUAAAUAUGCAGAACAACUAGUAGCCAGUUGCCUGCAUAGGAUCUCGAUUAGACCUACAUCAUUUAAAGGCAUGUCGGAUAAGGAAAAUACGGAUAGGUCUUUAAGGCUCAAAACAAAUUGAAUAAGUAGAUUGUUGCCUUAAAAAAAAUCAAGCAAGAGAAGGAGGCCAAUGGAUUUCCGAGAACGGCAAUGAGAGAAAUUCAUUUGCUUUCAUCGAUGAAGCAUGAAAAUAUAGUGAGUUUCAAGGAAGUUAUUGUUCAAUCUAGUAAGGAAAAAGCAAGCACUUUUCUGGUUUUGGAAUACAUGGACACAGACUUGCAUAAUCUUUUGUAGAGGCGAAUAGUAUUUGGUUUGGAUUAAGUUCGAUGUUUGAUGUAUUAGAUACUAGAUGCUCUUACUUAUCUGCAUUCUAGGAAUGUGUACCAUAGGGAUUUGAAGCCUAAUAACAUACUAUACAACGACAAGGGAUAAGUAAAGAUCUGCGAUUUUGGAAUGGCCAAUGAAUAUUCAAAAAGGAGACCAUAAACCAAGCGAAUAUUGGUUCCCCAAUACAGAGCUCCUGAAAUCUAUUUGGGCGAAUAGCAGUACGAUUGUUCGGUUGAUGUGUGGUCAGCUGGCAUCCUCUUUCUUGAGCUAAUAGUAAAACAAAGUCCCUUUGUGUUGGCAAAAUCGGAAUUUCAAUGUUUUGCUAAAAUAAUAGAUCUUUGUGGAACUCCUACGGAAGGUUUGAAUUUUAUUUUUUCUUUUAUGGUGAUUGGUCAGAUGCGAAUUCACUUCCACAUUACCAUGAAUAUAUCAAAGGACCCAAAGAAAGAACAUUGCGAAAGGUACUUGCACGCUCAAUCAAGUGCCCCGCCUUAAUUAAUCGAUCUUAUUGAUAGAAUGCUCACUCUGAAUCCAGCAAAGAGAAUCAAAGCCUAAGAAGCAUUGAAACACUAAUACUUCGAAAACAGGAUCUUUGUCAUGUGAUUUAUUAUAUCCCUUAAGGCAGGAUGCCCAGAAUAGAAUAGGAUGCACAGCCACCAAAGGACCCUCCCAUUCAAAAGAAGGUAAAACAGGAGCAACAAAAACC